UAGGAUAGUGUGGUGCAGUGGUGCUUUGGAAUUUGAAAAAAAAAAUUACUCCGUAUGUCAUUUCACAUCUGCUAUCUUUGUCAUCUGAAAAGUGAAGAAAGGGAAGAUCGUGAUUUAAGUUCAGCUCUAUACCCGUAAACUCCUCUCUCAUGGGUCUUGAGAGCGGGACAUAAGAUUGCCGAGUGGCAAAGGAAGGGAUCAGAAGCUGUGCAGCAGGCGAGCGGGAGUGUCGGACUGUGGGCGCCGCCGCUAUCAACAGUUCAGCUGGGCCGUCAGGGAGAGUAGCCGGGCCGCCAGGCUGACGCAGGCGGCAGAUGGCACGAUGCGACACAGUGGCGGUGGACAGCAAGGGAUGGCCAACAAGGCGACUGGCGGACUGGUGGCGUCUCUGCGGCUUGCGGACUUCACAAAGAAGUAGACGGAUACCGUUUCACUUUGUUUGGGGUUUCUGGAAUCAGCGUACAAGUGAAUCUAAAAUUCUGCAGAUGGAUGUCAUUAAGUUGCAGCAGAAUGAUAAAGGGCCCUCACCAUCAACGUUAGAUGAACUGUCCAUGUCCGCCGAAGAACUCUAAGCCAGAAGUCCCUAUUUCUGUUGUUGCAUUUUCUGAACUGGAUUUAGGAGCUUGAGUUCACCGAGGGAAGAACUCAAAGCCUAAUGACCUUGAUUCAUUCUUUCUAGAGGAGAUGGAUGCUUAUGAGUGGUGAACCGAUCAGCUAGACAAUUGUAUGGUUGAUACUGCGAACGGUUAACAGCCUCUCGCCAUGAAAUGUCCAUCACGAGCAGAAGUUCAAUCUGCCCACCAGGUGCUCACUCGCUUGCGAGUGUUCCAGCCUUCCUGGAAUCAAAGCUUCUCGCGUAUGAAGAGGAUAGGACUACCCCGUGCUCGAUGUUGAGAUAUAAGCGUGUAGCUGCCCGGAAGUUGACUGAGUUCCUUGUAUUUAGAAUCAGGGAUGAUCCCUCAUUUGAUGAUAUUUUUCAACAUAUGGAACCUGCUGCUAUGAUGAGGAGUGCCUCGAGUAUUUUAAUAGGCUACUGGGCGAAUGAAGAAGCGAUUCUUCCAUUGGUUUAUGCAAUGGGAGCUCGUGCUUUUGGAGUGAAGAGAUUUGGCUCAGGAGAGGCUUGUAUUAGUAAUGUAAAGGAAAAGGAACAUGAUCUUGUCCCUGGAGAAGAGAGACCUGUGAAUAAAAUUUGCAUGGAGUCUCCAUCUUGCACUAUCAUUGCUGACCUUUCUCAAUUUCCAGAAGCAGUUCUCCUGGCGGAAGAACUCCUGGAAUCUCUGAAGGAUGCUGUUCCGUUAAGACUCCCCCCAUAUCUCCACUAUCUUGAAAGGCAUAGAUCUGCAGCACUAGGAUUUUGGUUUGCUCCUGUCAUCAUCCUGCACCUAAUUAAGGAAUUGAAAGAGGGGAGCCUUGAGUAUUUUAUUCGGAUACUGGAGUGAUAGUGACGUAUCUAUGCUGGUUCCAAUGUUAAUUUCUCUAAAAAAUAGAAACGAGGCAUUUGGUGAUGUUGACUUAAUGGAAGAGAAUGUUGAAUAUCUAUAUUAUUUUAUUCGGAUACUGGAGUGAUAGUGACGUAUCUAUGCUGGUUCCAAUGUUAAUUUCUCUAAAAAAUAGUAACGAGGCAUUUGGUGAUGUUGACUUAAUGUGGAGGAUUUGAAGAAUGUGCUAGCUGAUAACUACUUUGAAGAUUCGGUGGAGUAUACAGAUCUAUUUGUAAAGGCAUCAAUGCAUCAUAAAAUGAUGACCACCCGCAAGAGAAAAGGGUGUUCCAUGCACGGAGCGGCGAUAAACAGAGGGUAAUCGAAGGGACUAGGAUUGUGGAGGCGGAUGCAAUAACAAGUGUGUUCGCUUCAAAGGUAUUUGCUUCAUAAUAAAAUCAUAAUAGCAAUACUGUGUAGUGAGUAUCAUUAUCAAAUCAAAUGAUAAAAACUCUUUCCUUUUGGAGAUGUUUUCGCUAGAACGAUGGUUAAUUGCUUUUUUCGUUAAUUGGGAUUGUUUCAGCUUCUUCCAAAAAUCCCAACGUAUAGUUUACUGUACAUACUAAAGCUAGAUAGAUCCGUACACAUAUCAAACCUCGAGUGUUUUACAAUAUCCUGAGAUUUGGUUCAGCACAUUUACUAACAAACAAACAAAACUCUUUUCAUUCUCCAAUUGCGUGUAAGGCCAACAAUGAUGGUUGCCUUAUGAAUAAAUCCAACAAUUUUUUUACAUUGACCAGUAUAGUAGCAGGAGAAUCUUGAAGCAAGCCAUAUGAUGUUGGUUCAUCUCCAAUUGUAAGCAAAUCAUCCCCAUUUUCAUAUAUCUUUCUUUUCUCCCUUCAGAGCUUUAAGGAAAACACUUGUACAAAGCUUUAGCCUGUGGACUCGAAUCUUCUUUUCCUCUAGAAGCACAAAGAACAACAAUUACAGUAUAAGAGGAAGGAAUCAAUUGCUAUUGCCAAUUUAUUUACCUGGAGCUGCAUAAUACUCUAAGCAAUUACGAAACAACCCCAUCAAAACCAUGCAUGAAACAUAUAUACAUAUUUAUAGAGUAGUAAAAACAUAAAACUAAUUCCAACAAAAUUACCUGAUCUAUUUCAACCUUGAGCUUUCACCUGUUAUAAAAAAUUAUAUAAAUUAAUUUAUGAUGCUUAGUAAAAUAUAAUACGAAUUAGUUGUAAUUACAAAAAUAUAUACCUCGAUAUCUUGUCGUUUUUUGACCUCCUUCCUUUUUUGGAUUUGAUUUCCCCCUAGAACUUCUUUCGUCAUCGGUCUCAGACCGUUCCUGCUUAAUGAUCCCAACAUACUCUUGUACGUCUCCAAUUGUAGCAAACAACAUAUUUUCUGCUCCAACUUUUAUGUUGUAAUUCGCACUUUUAAAUUCAAACUAUCUCUUACUCCUGAUAUGCUUCCCUCUUUGCUAUUUUGAAUAAUAAUCCGACAUUUUGUUCCAUUUAUCGACCACAGUAUCCAUCCAAAACUUAUCACGGUCUGUUAGAACCAUGUUAAUACCUCAGAAACACCCCCACUUUCCUCCAAUUGUGUAUAAUGUGCUCUCUAAUCGAAUUUGAUCUCGUUGCUUCGCAAAAAAUCAUUAUGAUUAUGAUGAGACUGGCUGCUAUCUUUUUUCGAUGCAUACUUAAAUCUACAUUCGUUUUUAGCAUUGAUAAAAAAACUAUCAAGUUGAUAACAUCAUUCUUUGCUUUUGUAAUCUCAUCCAGUGAAGCAAUAUUGGAUGCACUUAGUAAACUCCUGUGAGAAAUCGUUAUUGGCAGUGCACUAGAAUCACCUAUGUCAAUUUGGCUCUCUCCUAGGUUAAACCAAUCCCUAGCACUAUUUCUAAUACCAAUCAAGUAGAUGUCGUGAUAAACUUACCCAUACAAUUGUAUUCUCUUGUAUUCUGUUCACAAGAAAAGUUCACAUGUAUUUAUUUUCAUUUUUUUUUUCAUUUGCAAGAGGGUUAAGGAGUACAUUUAUAUUGACAAUUCUCCUUCCAACCUCUAAGAUAUCUCGCCAAUCAGUUACAAAAGCACCACAACCUUCUGUAGCACGGGAAACAUCAAAAGUAGACUCUUGCUCAAAAGAAUUUGGAUUAUUGAGAUUCUGCGAAUAAUCUCAUUUCAAUUUAAACUAAAUCAGUGCACUAACAACAUUAAACUUUCACCAAUUACCUUAUUGUGAAUACAUUUUAUAUGUGUGGGCAACACUUUGAAAUACACGUAUAUAUAGUGGAAAACCGUACGAUUCAGUUGAGUCCUUUGCCUUUAGGUCCAACAAAAAAAAAUUUCAAAAUUCGGGUCCCAAAGUCAUAAAAAAGGUCAAACAUGACAUUUUGGGGCUGAGGAGAGUGGGAGAGGGUUUGGUAUACUUUCUAAUAAAUUACAAAAGUCUAACAAAUAUUACUACACAAAGUUUCAUACCAAUUAAAAACUGCAUGAAUGAAUGAUUUUCCUAAGAGCAUAAUAAAUUAGAAUAAAAUCCUGAAAGUUGGAAGGAACACUUUCCUUAUUUCUUGAAAGUGUGGAACAAUUCAAAAUUAUAUAUGAACAAACACACACAUAUAGGCAGGCACGUACUAAAUUACUAAUCAAUAUACCUCUUGUUUAUGAUCCAUUUUCUUGGUCAACAGAUGUAACAUGUCAGACAAUAUAAUGUAAAAAAAAGAAUGCUGAUUAAACAUGCUUCAAAUUGAAUAAAUUUGUUUUUAUUUAUAAAAACUAUACAACUUGUACUCCAGGCUUUGACAAGAAAACUAAUAACAGUGUAGGCAAAAUACUAGGUUUGUACUUUGUAGUGAAUAUUUUAACCAUCUGAUGCACGUUUUAUUAGUAAACUAAUGUUGAGUAACUCUGUCUCUGUUUUCAUGUUAUAGGAAAAUGCUUUGUAGUGAAUAUUUUAACCAUCUGAUUCUACUGAUUUAUGAAAAAAUUAUAUUUAAAAUACUUGUUCUUAAUAAAUAAAAUAAAAAAAUAUAAGAAAAAGGAGCUCAAAUGAUACUUUACAGUAACUUCAGCCAAUACAGCCAGAAAAGUAACUUCAACUUUACUUUUUCUUAUUAUUACGCAAUUCAGCACUGAUUUAGUUUAUGAUCCAAUCACGAAAAGGUAAUUGGAAUGAGAUUAUUUGCAGAAUCUCAAUGAUAAAAAAUUCUUUUAAACAAGAGUCUACUUUUGAUACCACCCGUGCUACAGAAGGUUAUGAUGCUUUUGUAACUGGUUGGCGAGAUACCUUAGGGGUUGGAAGGAGAAUUGUCAAUAUAAAUGUACUUUCUAAACCUCCUGCAAAUGAAAAAAAUGCAAAUACAUACAUGUGAACUUUUCUUGUUAACAAAAUGCAAGAUAAUACAAUUGUGUGGGUAAGUUUUAAUACUACGACUGGUACUUGAUCGGUAUUAAGAAUAGUGUUGGGGAUUGGUUUAGCCUAGGAGAAAGCCAAGUUGACACAGGUGACUCACUGCACUACCAAUAACGGUUUCUCAUGAAAGUUUACUAAGUGCAUUCAAAAUUGCUUCAUUGGAUGAGGUUCCAAAAGCAGAGAAUGAUGUUAUCAACGCGAUAGUUUUUUUAAUCAAAACUAAAAACGAAUGUAGAUUGAAGUAUGCAUCGAAAAAAGAUAGUAGCCAGUCUCAUCAUAAUCAUCAUGGUUUUUGCAAAGCAACCAGAUCAAAUUCAAUUAGAGGACAUAUUAUGCACAAUUAAGAGGAAAGUGGGGGUGUUUCGGAGGUAUUUAAAGACAUGGGUUCUAAGUGACCGUGAUAAGCUUUGGAUGGAUACUUUGGUCGAUAAAUGAAACAAAAUAUCAGAGAUUCUUAUUCAAAAUAGUAAAGAGUGGAGCAUACCAGGAGUAAGAGAGUUUGAAUUUAAAAAUGCUAUGUUACAACAUAAAAGUUGGAGCAGAAAAUAGGUUGCUUGCUCCAGUUGGAGACGUACAAAGGGAAAUUGAGAUCAUUAAGCUGGAACGGUUCGAGGCCGAUGGAAAAAGCAGUUCUAGAGGGAAAUCAAAUAAAAAAAAGAGAUAAAAAAACUGCAAGAUAUCAAGGUAUAUAUUUUUCAAAUUUUGUAAUUACAACCACUUCGUAUUAUAUUUUACUAAGCACCGUAAACUAAUUUCUAUCAUUUUUUAAUAGGUAAAAACUCAAGGGUGAAAUAGAUCAGGUAGUUUUUCUAGGAAUUAGUUGUGUUUUUCCUCUACAGUAAUGUAUAUAUGUUUCAUGCAUGGUUUUGAUGGGGUUGUUUCGUAAUGACUUAGAAUAUUUUGCAGCUCCAGUUGACUAAAUUGGCAAUAGUCAUUGAUUCCUUCCUCUUAUACUGUAAUUGUUUUUUGUGCUCUAGAGGAAAAAAAGAUUUGAGUCCACAUGCUGAAGCUUUGGCUUACAAUAAAUCGUUCUGGCGAAAACAUGUCCAAAAAGAAAGAGUUUUUAUCUUUUGAUAAUGAUACUAACUUCACACUAUUGCUAUUAUGAUCUUAUUAUGAAGCAAAUACCUUUGAAGUUUCACCCAGAAGCGAACACACUUGUUAUUGCAUCAACCUGCACAAUCCCAGCCCCUUCGAUUACCCGAUGCUUAUCGUCGUUCUCCGCAAGGAACGACCCUUUUUUCUUGUGGGUGGUCAUCAUUGUAUGAUGCCUUUAAAUAUAUAAAGCAUGCGGGUCAUUGUUUAUCCAUCCACAAAUGUAGGCACAUUUGUUCCAACUUCAGGAGUUUGUAGGCAAAAAUCAUAAGGCACAAAAUGCUAAUUCAUAGUGGGUCUACAAAAAAUAACUUUAGUUGAAUCGAUUUUAUUUUUCCUAUAACCAAAGUGUCGAAGAAAUUGACUCUCUCCUACCGGUAGGAAAAGGGGCUACAAGGGUAAAAUAAAUCUUGCUGCUGACUGUACCGUGCGCACAGUUCGGGCUUUUUGUUCGUUGUGUACUGCGCGUUGUCCCUCGGAUCUCCGCCUUCACCUUGAAUCUCGUCUCUUCCUUGCCGAUGACCUUCGCUCGUCUCUUGGAUCUGCGCUAGGCAUGGACUCGGGCCGGGCCUAGGCCCGGUCAGACCGCCGGUUUGUAACUCAUGGCCCCGGGACCGGCCCGAGGUUUGGACGGGUCCGGUUCAGGCCGGGCCACCCGCCCGGGUCACGGGUCGGGUCACCCGCCAGACCGGGCCGGUUAAAACCAAUUUUUUUUAUAAUUUAUACUUUAUAGUUUUAUACAAGUAUUAAAAACAAACUUCAAGUGCAUUUAUUUGAAAUGAAAUAGGAACUACAUUUAAAAAUUAAGAGAAACAUAUAAUAUGAAAUACAUUUUGUAAAUUGUAAUCAAUCGGAACUUCCCGCACCUCCCGAUCCUUUGGUUUUGUCACAUGACCUAAUAUGCUUCAUUGACAUCCCGUAUCUGCCUGGAACUCCCAUACUACACUUUUUCCCGCAUCAUUUGCAAGUUGCGUAUCACAUCCCGAUCCUCGGGUCCUGCUUAUCAAAAUUAUACCGUAUAACGGUAUAUUGACUUUCCAUCUUAAAAAUGGUAGAUAUAAUAAUUCUACAAUAGAUGGAGAUGAAGAUGGAGAAUGGAGAUUAGAGAUUGGAUGUUGGAGAAGAUGUGUAUAAAAAUGUUAGAAAAUAAGAGUAUUUAUAGAAUUUUUUGUACAAUAGAGUUUGGGUUGUCCCCAGCCCACCCCAACGGUCAUCUUUGGCCCAAAAGAUUUUUUUUUUAAAUAUAGCCGUUGUGACCCGGACCCGGGCUUGACCCGGCCGGGCUGGGUCACAUUUUGCAUGAACCGAGCCCGCCCUCGCUUCCCCCACUGGUUCGGGUUCACACUCGGUCCCGGACCGCCAGUCCGGGCCGGUCCAGGGCCCGCACAGUAGUGGGCCGGGCUGGGUCACGGGCCGGGUGGCCUGAACCGAGUCCAUCCCUAAUCUGCGCACGACGAUGGAGGCUAUGGAUGGGUUGCGCAGAUGCAGUGAAGAUUGCUUCGCUCUGGAGGCUAUGGAUGGAGUAGAUGCAGCGAAGAUAGGUUUUGCGCGCUCUGUUCCCUCUUUCCUUUCCUCUUUCUAUUUCUCUUACACUUAUUUUUGAGUUUGGUAGCUUUUGGGUUAGGGGAAACCUAAGUUGUACGUGGUUUUAAAGAUAUGAGCAUACAUAAAUAAAAUUUUGAGUAUGGUAGAGAUUUUAAAUGGGUCUAAAAGAAAUGAGUAUACGCCUAAAAGAAAUGAACUCACACAAAUUAAUAUUGAAUACAUUGAAAAUGAGUUUUAUGUUAAACUGAAAUAAGUAUAAAACCCAAAAUGAAUGAGCAUACACUCAUUUUGUGUUUAAGUAUGCUCAUUUGGUAUUGCUUUACGCUCAUUUGAAAAUGUCACACAUUUCAAAUGUAUCAUACUACAUUAUGUUUUACUCAAGUGAGUAUAAGUCCAAAAUGAAUGAACAUACAUAAAUGAGCUUUUGAAUUUUUGAUACUCAUUUUGUAAGUUACGUAUUGCAAAUUUUAUAAUAUUGCAAAUUUCAAACAUAUCAUACUAUAUUAGAUUCACAUAUUAAAAUUAAUUGGAAAUGAUAUAAACAUAAUUUAAGAGUUUUUUAUAUACGAAAAGAAUCAUAAAAAGAAAGCGAAUUCAAAGAUAUGAAGCAGAGAACAUUGAUGCUCAUUUUUUGACUCCAAAUACUCAAAAGAACAGGCCUGAUGAUCAACGAAAUUGCGUUGAUGCUCAUUCAAGAAAAACCGUGUUUUUUACCAAAAUUACAAACAUGCCAUCAGCUAUACGGCUGGAGUGUUUCCCGUUCAACUCCAAGAAAAGACUAGAAAUAGAACAUCAUUUUCUUUUCAUCAGUGUAUUAUCUGUUAAAACAAACAAGUAAAAAUAAAUUAAAUUUUUAAUUUAUUUUAGCAUCAGAUAUUUUUUCUCUCUUUUAACUCUCUUCUAUCUAACGUGUUCGCGGUUUAAGGUUCAAUCGGAAUUAGAAUCAGAAUGGCCCGUUUUUUAACCAAUAUACCAUGAGGUUUAGAUCGAGAAGUUCACUAGUCCAAAUCGGUCCUUUGAAAUUUUGGAACGAAAACUACCGGUUACGGUUCAGCAGAAUCAGAUGGUUUUGAUUUGGAACCGUUUUUUUAUUAAAUAAAUAAGUAAAUAAAUAAAUAAUUAAAAAUAAUAAUUUUAAUAGUAGUUGUUGUAGUAAUUGUCCUAACAAUAAAAAUAAUAAAUCAGUCUUCACAAUUUAUAACUAAUAAAUUGUGAUUAUUAGUUAGUAAUUUUUAAUUAUUACUGGUUAUAAGUCUUAAAUGUCACAAAUUAGAGUUAUAAAAAUACAUAAUUUAAGAAUCACUAAAGUAAUUUAAAAUUACUAACUUCUCAACUUGUACUAGAAUUUGGCGAAUUAGCCCAUAUGAUUUAAAUAGUGCGUCAAACUCCUCCGUGUUAUCAUUACGGAUGCACAAAACCCACUCUAAGAACAUAUUUUACAAUUUUAAAAUAUUUUUCUUAAGAAAAUAAUAUGAUUGAAUAUGCAAGUAACUUUGUCAAGAUUUCUAAAUUAUACAAAAAUAUUAAUUAUUUUCAUUUAUUUGGAAAUUAAUAUAAAUUUGUUCAUUAAAGGAGUUUUUGCGCGUUAAUAACCACUCCUAUAACACAAGGGGGUUUGUCGCUUUUCUUAAAUCAGAGGGAGUUAAUGUAUCGAAUUUAUAUUUCACGAGUGAGUUUGGUGUAUUAAACUCCACACAAUGUUUAGUACUUUUUGUGUGCUACUAUGUGACACUUUCUUUCUUUCUUGUGUUGAAUAUUAUCACAUAGGAGUAAAAUAGUGUCAAAGUAAGACUUACGAGUAUUUUUUUAAUUCCUAAAAUAUAAGUAAUUAUUUGUGAUUGGAUAAAAACACUCUUAUAGUGGGUCGAGUUUGGUCACUGGGUUGGCACCGCUAAUUGCUAGAUCAGUGGCCACAUCGGGCCGCCGCCGGGCACCAUACCAGUGGCCACACCCGUCCGCCGCCGUCGGACUACCUUGGCUAUGAUGGGUGAACUAGGGGGAAAUUGAUUAUUUUAAGGAUAUAAAUCUAAUGUUUAGGCCUAUUUAGAGGAUACAAAAACAUGGAUUCCUAUUUAGAAACUUUAAUCAUGUUUCUAAAUAGGAAUUGUAAGUUAAUGUCAUAUACUACGAUUGACACUAAUUAUAAGUUAAUGCCUCCCGAUAAAUGGGUAAAUGACACAUUUCCUUCCGAAUUGAUUUGUGUACUUCAAAUCUCGAUUUUGCUGGCUAUUAAUAUAUUCAAAUUUGUUUAUACAGUUAUAUAUUUUAGAAUGUUAGAUUAAAAACAUAAACGUCUUGUUUUUAAAUUUGUGCAAUUCUAGAUUAGAUUAUUUAUUCGAACUAGUAACAUGUUCAAUACAAGUACUACUCCCUCCGUCCCUAUUUACUUAGCCAAACUUGACUUUUCAAAUCAACGACGUCUAACUUUGAUCGAUUAUAUGUUUAUAUAGAGAAAGUAUUGAUAAUAUGAAAAUGAUAUGAAAAUGUUCUUUGUUAAAAACACUAUCAUAAAAGUAUAAAAUUAUUAAAUUUUGCAUAAAUAUAUUAGCUUAAAUAUUUGGUCAAAGUUAGAGGCCGUUGACUUGAAAAGUCAAGUUUGGCUAAGUACAUUGGGACGGGUAGUAGUAAACUUGUUAUACGUAGAUCAUUGUAUCUUCAUAUUUCAGUAUAUGAUUUCUACUUUUUUAUUGUUGCUGAUUUGAGAUGCAUUUGAUUUCCCAAAGCCCAAUCUGAUAUUUUCCCUGAUGAUUAUAUUGACUAAUAACUUAUCAGGAAAAUAAAAUUCAUCUUGUCUCCGGAGAAGAGAGAUCUAUGAAUGAAAUGUGCAUGGAGUCUCCAUCUUGCUCUACUGCUCUGAUAAUAUGGAAGAAACAGACUAUUCGUAUUAUGCAUACACUUAUAAUUUUUUUUCCCAAAAAAAGGAGAUGAGGUCUUAUUAGUAGAUCUUGAGUAGUUAGUCUUAUUCUGGCAAUAGUUUGUUUUUUUCCCCACAUGGUCACAUCACAAUAUCAAAUAUUACCGUUGACAAUAUCUUUAAGGCACAGGCAUUUUUGUCGUCUCUUUCACACCGUUUAUUGGAAUUAUUUUUCAUGAAUUAGGGAUUUAUUUUCAUGCAUACCAUGCACAUUCCUGCAUUUGAAGAUUCUCUUAGGGAGUAUAUUAUACAGUACCAAAUUGACAUGUCAGUUUUUAUCAUUUUUAUAUAGGGAUAAGGCUCAAAUUAGACACUAUGGUUUCAUCAGAAUCUCAUAUUGGACAUUAAGGUUUCAAAUGGACCAAAUUAGACACUAUGGUUUCAUAUGUAUCUCAUAUUUGACACUAAAGUUUCAUAAUUCAAUAUAAGUGAGUGUCCCAUUUGAUCUUUAUCCAAUAUAAGUGAGUGUCCAAAAACUAUGAAUUAUGAAACUUUAGUAUCCAAUAUACCUGCUGAAAGUUACAAACUAUUUUUGAUUUCACACAUUAAAAUUACUAAUGAUUAAUUAAAAUAAUAAUAAUAAUAAUAUGAUGAAGACUUGAUCUGCAGACUGCUUUUUGUUCCUUCUGAGCCACGCCCUCAUGGACCUCAUGGAUUCUCAUGAUGUAUAAAAUGGCAUAAUUAUAAAACAAAUACUCCCCGUGUCGUGCUACUUUGUGCUUCAUAUGGCUACAGACCUCAUAUUUUUAUGUUUUCCCAUGUAUUUGUUUCAUUGUGAUAUGCCGUUUUAAAAUAUUUAAGUCUUGAUGGGUUCGCCCGGUCAACCAAGACUGGCCCCGAGAUGCCAGUUCGGCCAUUCGGGGACCAGACCGGUCCAUCCCUAAAGUCAACGAGGAGAUUAAGUUUCUUUAUAAAAAUAACCAAAAUUAAUACCAUGAAAUACAAAGCAUGUAAAGUAAGCAAUUAUGUUUGGAUGUUCAACCAUUUGAUUCAUGGUUAUCAUCACAGGGAAGCAUACAAUUACUUCUCAGGGCAGAAGAGUAGUAAUGGGAUUCAAGUUCUUUAAGGGUAGCAGCAGCCUCCUCUCCAACCCCAGCUAAUACCCGGUCAGUCUUCUCGGCAAGUUGGUUGAAUUCUUCAGUUCUUUGCUCCACAUGGUCGUUUAAGGAAGCAAAUCCAGAAAAGAUGGCUAUUUGUUUCAACUCCGAAACCAACUUUAGCAACGAGUCAGCUGCCUGAACCUGUGUUUAUUCAUUGAAGAGAUCUAGAACAACCACAUGAAUAUUUGAACAACAAAGAAGAAAAUCCACUCAAACCAAGCAGGGUUUAUAUUGUGCCUACAAAACUUCAACUAUGCAAAAAAACUUGAUCUGGGAAGAACUAGAUUCUCACCCGUGCAAUGCACGAGAUUUUUUUAGUAACUAUGUAUUAUGUAUUAUUAUUUGCUUAAGAUAAUAAUAAUAGUACAUGAUAGUUUUGAAACAAAUGCAAUGUGUAAAUGCAUUGAAAGAAAGUUUAAUAAAUAUUAAGAAUUUAUAAACUAGAAGAGUCAAAUCAUAAUGUUGAUGGUAAAAGGACGGACGGUAGUCAAUAUUACAAUCAUAACGUAUUAUCAAUUUAUCAUAAAUACUUGUAGUUGUU